GGUCUCUUAAUACUGAAAAUGACCCGAGAGGCUUUGGGGCUCUAUUGAAAGCGUCGGCUAAGAACAAAAGACUAAUAGGAAACUCACCUUUUGUAUCAUUUUCUUUGUGCAAGUCCACCCAAGCAGGGAACACAUGUAGCAACUCAGGCCUAUGCAUCCGAAAGCCCUUUGACGGUAUAUAAAUUGCGAUGGCAAACCUGAAGAUGAAAUCAUUCCAACGUACUGCACAAGGCUCACGUCUAUAAUCGACCCUAAAAGUGGCGUAAGUUUACGCCAUGAAGAUCAUCAACCCGGUUCGAGACUUGGAGUCUCCCCGGACAGAACGCCUAACAAUUUUCCAUCCCUUCCUUAGGCUUCCACCCGAGCUACAGCUUCGAAUCUGGGAGAUGUGCCUCGAGGACUUCGAGCUUCUUCGGUGGAAGGAAUUUGGUAUCAUAAGCCUCUAUCCGAUGAACACGAAAUACUUCGACGGCGGCCCCGGCCGGCGGCCCCAAGUUGCCCAACGGCUCCACAUCCCCGUCCCACCCCUCAAGCAAGUCUGCCAUACAUCCCGCCACGUUGCUGAGAAGUGGCUCAGACGAGGACAGGCUCGGCGCGUAGCGCUCGGGGCGGCGGAUCCUGACCCUGACGGCGACGAAGAUUAUGGGGAUUUCUCGUCACGGUCGUUCUGGAAAUUCUCCGUGGUUCGAUGUGGAAAGACCACGAUGGGGGGCUUGUGCACUACAUAACCAACUACUGGCAGAGUCCUUGGAAGGAAGUCUUGCUGGGUUACUGCCACCAG